AUGCAACGGUUUGAGGUGUGUGGAAGAACAGGGGGGGAGAGCCCUCUGUGGGUGGACGAGUUGCGAGAUGGCGUGACGGUUUUUGAGUCGCCUCAAAUGGGAGGAGGAGCAAGCACGGUGCAGCAGCCUGAGGCGUGUGGAAGAACAGGGGGGAAGAGCCCUCCGUGGAUGGACGAGUUGCGAGAUGGCGUGACGUUGGGGGAAGAUGUUGAGGGGAGAUAUGAUGUGGCAUGUAGGGAUAGUGAGGAUUGGUGGGGAGGUGAGGAGUGGAGGGGUGGAGAGGAGAGAAGGGGAGGGGAGGAGGGGAGGGUAGGAGUGAGUGAUUGUGGAGAAGGAAGAGCAGCAGGGCUUGAGGGGAAUACAGAAGGGGGGAUGGAGAGCGGUGCAGGUGGGUGGAGAGGAAGAAACAAUUUGCCACGAUGGGAGGAAGGGGCGAUUUUGGAGGGUUGUGAGGGGUUGAAUGCUGUACCUGGUAUUGAUGGCAGGAGUGGGGCUGGCAGGAGUGGCAGAGAAGAAAGCAAUUUGGGGGUGGCUCAGAAAGGCGGCCGGAGAGGGAGGAAUGGCAGCAGCAGUGGCGCCGAUAAGGGCGCGGCAGAGAGUGAGAGCAUGAGAAGGAAAGAGAUGGAGCGAGGGAAGCGGGAAGCAGAGAGGGAGAGGAAGAAGCAGGAAAAGGCUGCGCUGGCCGAAGAGAAGAAGAGGAAGAAGCAGGUAGUGCAGGAAGAAAGGUUGGGCAAGGAGAGGGCACAGAGAGAGGUGCAGGAGAGGAGGGGGGCGGUCUGGGAGGUGGAGGGGUGGGAGAAGGGCCGCGAUGCUGUGAGCAAGGCCACCACACUUAUUGAUGACAGAAUGCCCAAAGACGCUUUAGCGCCUCAAAAGGGAGUCAGAAAGGGAGGUGGAGGGGUGGGAGAGAAGGGCCGCGAUGCUGUGAGCAAGGCCACCACACUCAUCGACAACCGAAUGCUCAAAGACGCUCUGUUAGCGUUAGAGCGCACUCUCUCCGAUCGUGGAUAUCCCUUCACCAUCACUCGUAACCCCGUGCCUGCGUCUCUGCUCUGGCUUCUCAGACAUCUCAAAAGUCCCCUCCCUCUUCCCCUCACCCCCCCUGCCUCCCGUUUCUUCCCGAGUGCAGCAGCGUUAGAGCGCACUCUCUCCGAUCGCAACCCCGUGCCUGCCUCUCUGCUCUGGCUUCUCAGACAUCUCAAAAGUCCCCUCCCUCUUCCCCUCACCCCCCCUGCCUCCCGUUUCUUUCCGAGUGCAGCAGCGUUAGAGCGCACUCUCUCCGAUCGCAGAUAUCCCUUCACCAUCACUCGUAACCCCCUGUGCAUUCGGCAGCAGUGGGCGGCAGGCAUGGUGGUGGUGAUGGGCGGGGAGUGCCUGGUGGAUCUGCUUCAGAGAGGCGUGCUCUG